AUGGACAAGAUGAUCGCCUCCGCCAGCGGUGAGGUCAUCAUCACCAACGACGGCGCCACCAUACUCAACAAGAUGGAGGUUCUCCAGCCCGCCGCGAAGAUGCUCGUGGAGCUCUCCCGCUCCCAGGACGCCGCCGCUGGGGAUGGGACCACCACCGUCGUCGUGCUUGCCGGGGCCUUCCUGGCCGCUUGCCAGUCUCUUCUCUCUCGCGGGAUCCACCCGACUACCAUUUCCGACGCCAUCCAUAAGAGCUGCGCCAAGGCCGUCGACAUCUUACAGUCCAUGUCCGUGCCCCUCGAGCUCUCGGAUCGCGAGUCGCUUGUCAAGUCCGCAGCCACUUCCCUCAAUAGCAAGGUUGUGAGCCAGUACUCAUCUCUGCUCGCGCCGCUCGCCGUCGACUCCGUGCUCUCUGUGGUGGAUCCUGCACGUCCUGAUCUCGUCGACCUCCGGGAUAUUAAAAUCGUGAAGAAGCUAGGAGGCACUGUCGAUGAUACAGAGCUUGUCAAGGGCCUCGUCUUCGACAAGAAAGUAAGUCACUCGGCCGGAGGGCCUGGUAGGGUUGAGAACGCUAAAAUCGCGGUGAUCCAGUUUCAGAUCUCGCCGCCCAAGACCGAUAUCGAGCAAAGUAUUGUUGUCUCAGACUACACUCAAAUGGACAGGAUUCUCAAGGAGGAACGCAACUACAUCCUUGGGAUCAUCAAGAAGAUCAAGGCUACGGGCUGCAAUGUUCUACUAAUUCAGAAGAGCAUUUUGAGGGAUGCUGUGACUGAUCUGUCGCUACAUUACCUCGCCAAGGCGAAGAUCCUAGUGAUCAAGGACGUGGAACGGGACGAUAUCGAGUUCGUCACUAAGACCUUGAACUGCUUGCCAAUUGCCAAUGUCGAGCAUUUCCGGGAGGAAAAGCUUGGAUUUGCCGACUGCGUGGAGGAGGUGUCUGUUGGGGAUGGGAAGAUCGUGAAAAUUACGGGCAUUAAGGAAAUGGGAAAGACCACAACCGUACUUGUGAGGGGAUCCAACCAGCUGAUGAUUGACGAGGCAGAGAGGAGCCUCCACGACGCGCUUUGUGUGGUCAGAUGUCUGGUCAACAAGAAGUUCUUAAUUGCGGGCGGCGGUGCGCCAGAGAUCGAGCUGUCAAGGCAGCUCGGGGCUUGGUCGAAGGAACUCAGGGGGAUGGAAAGCUACUGUGUCAAGGAAUUUGCAGAAUCCCUCGAGGUCAUCCCAUACACCUUGGCUGAAAACGCAGGCCUGAAUCCCGUGGUCAUCGUGACGGAGCUGAGGAACAGGCACGCCCAGGGGGAGAUCAACGCCGGAAUCAACGUCAGGAAGGGGCAGAUCACAAACAUCUUGGAGGAGAACGUCGUUCAGCCUCUUCUUGUCAGCACCAGUGCCGUCACUUUGGCGACAGAGUGCGUCAGAAUGAUCCUGAAGAUCGAUGACAUCGUCACUGUCAGGUAG